GAGAACGAAUGCGAGACUGGUAAGCACGACUGCGAUCAGUCGGCCAUCUGCCACGACAACGAGCAGUCGUUCUCAUGCGAAUGCCCCACAGGCUUCGUUGACAGAUCUCCCAACAAACUACAUCGCCCUGGACGAGUUUGUGUCAAGCUGGUGGACGAGUGCUCAACCGGACGCCACACCUGCAGCGCCCAAGCGGAUUGUCGUGACCUGGAGGAAGGAUACACCUGCGAGUGCCGCGAGGGAUACGUAGACCGUUCACCCAAUCUGGCUAGUCAACCCGGACGCGUGUGCAGUGCUCCAGAAGUUUGCCCAUCAAACCACGACUGUAGCUCAGCAGCUGUCUGUGAGCCACUGGGAGGCAACAAAUACCAGUGCUCCUGUAUUCAGGGAUAUGUUGAUCAGUCACCGAACGGACAGAAGGGACGUAUCUGUGUGAGAAACAACGCAUGCCGAGAUCCCAAGCUGAACACGUGCUCACGGAAUGCAAUUUGCUACGAUGAGGCCAGGGGCUAUCGUUGUGAAUGCAUCCGAGGGUUCAUCGACCGAUCUCCCGACCCAGCUCUGCGUGGACGAGUCUGUGAACCUCCGCCACCACCGACGCCUCCACCUCGUCAUCCUUGUCAAGAUCCAAAUCUCAACGAUUGCCAUGCAGCUGGCUCCUGUAGAGCGACUGGAGGGCAGUCGUACACUUGCGAAUGCCUUCAAGGAUACGUUGAUAAAUCCCCUGAUCGGAAUAAACCGGGACGCCUUUGCAUUCUCACGGAACCCGUCUGUCUCGAUAAAAGCCAAAACGACUGCCAUACGGCCGCGAUCUGUAGCGAAGUGUCAGGUCCCGAAAAAUACACCUGUCAAUGUCGUGAUGGGUACAUCGAUCAGUCACCAAAUCGGAACACACGUCCAGGCCGAAUCUGCGUUGAAAUGGUGAAUGAAUGCCUCGAUCGAUCUCUGAACGACUGCCACUCGUUGGCCAUCUGUGAAGACAAGAGAGAAGGCUACACAUGUCGUUGUCCAGUGAAUACGAUCGACAAGUCGCCAGACCGUAACCGUCCUGGUCGUCUUUGCACGAGGCAAAUCAAUGAAUGUCGGAAUCCGUCGCUCAAUACGUGCUCCCGAUUUGCAGAAUGUAUCGACAAAGAGAAACGGGUACGAGUGCCGAUGCCGUCAGGGCUACUUCGACAACGAUCGCGCUCAUCCUGGAACUCAUCAUCAACGAGUGUGACUCACCGAAUCUCAACGACUGUGAUCGCAACGCCAUGUGCAUCGAUCGAGAAGGAGGCUACGAUUGCAAAUGCAAGCCACCAUAUCGGGAUGAAAGUCCUAUCACGCAAUCGUAAUGCUGAAUGCGAAGAUAUGGACGAUGGCUACAUCUGCAGCUGCCGUGAAGGAUACUACGACCAAUCACCAAAUCCUCAAGAGCCAGGACGUGUCUGCCUAGAGUUCCAGGUGGACCAGAAAAUCGAGCAGGCCACGCACACACCUGUGCAGACGCAUCCACUCAAUGACGGUCUGCCUUGUGGUCGUGAGUUCUGUAAGAUCGCUAUGGGAGAAGUGUGCAUCAGCGGAUCGUACUGCGGUUGUCGUCCAGGCGAAAGCAGAUCGGUAGCGACCGGAAGGUGUGAACGAGUGGUGGAGACACCAAUGCAGAUCCGAGUGGUCAGCCGCGAUUCUCGUCCUCUGCUUUAUUCUAGCGAGUACGGAUCCACUAAGAGCCCUCCCUAUGUUGAAAUUGUGGACAUGUUCCAGAAAGAUAUGGCUAGAACAUUUGGUGGGACAAUCUAUGCCCCUCGAUACGUCAACACAAAGGUCGAGUACAUCACUCAUCCGAAGACAGUCAACAGCUCUUGGCCAGAUGGUCUUCUGUUCAAGUACGACGUGCAGACAACUCCAUCAAAACAGCAACCCAUUGAUAAAUGCGACCUGUGGAAGCAAAUGAUGGCCUCGUUACAGCGCACAAAUGGGGUUAUCGGUAAGUUCCAUAAGUGC